AUUUAGUUGAAUAGUUUUCAGUUCCACCUCUCCUCAUGGCUUCAGUAGUACCGGCUCUUCUCUUACUCCUUUCUUCGGUAUGCUUGGCUAGACGAGUUGAGGAAAAGCAUCCUACCAUCAUAGGACUGGGCUCUUCACUCAAACCCGUCACCGAGCCCACAUUAUGGGCUUCGCCUUCUGGCCGCUUUGCAUUUGGUUUUUACAAUCAAGGCAGUGGCUUUUCUGUUGGAGUUUGGUUGGUCGGCAAGGGCACGAGCUCCAACAGAGUCGUAUGGACAGCAAAUCGUGAUGAUCCGCCGGUCGCUUCAAAUGCUACGCUGAUAUUGAAUGAGAAAGGUGAGCUUCUUUUGACAACUGAGAGCGGAGAGAAGAAAGUUAUUGCUAAUAAAACAGACUCAGCCUCCUCUGCCUCCAUGUUAGAUUCAGGCAAUUUCGUACUCUACAACAAUGAUGGGCAUAUCAUUUGGGAGAGUUUCAAGAAUCCUACAGAUACCAUUUUAGGUGGUCAGAAUCUAUCCACAGAUGGUCAGUUGAUCUCCAGUUUAUCAGAAAAUAACCACUCAACUGGAAGGUUUCAUCUCAUAAUGCAAGGCGAUGGGAACCUUGUGCUAUACCCAUCAAACGACGCAUAUAUUCCUGAAAAUGCCUAUUGGAGCAGUCAAACCAAUGGGAUUGGCUCGUUUCACCUUUAUCUUAACUCAACGACAGGCUUCCUACAACUCAUCAACAACAGUGAUUUGUCCAUCUCCCGGCCACUUGGCGUUUCAUUUUUCGCCGAGGGAGACUCUGACGAUGGAAAGGACAAUAGCAGUAUCGUUUAUAGUGCAAGGCUUGAUGUUGAUGGAAAUUUCCGGUUAUAUACUCAUCUGUUUGAUCGAAGUGGUAGACUCCAAACUUUUCCUAGGUUUCGUGCGUUGAAGAAUUCAUGCCGAGUUAAAGGUUUUUGUGGUUUCAAUAGCUUCUGCACAUUCAAUGAUUACCAACCUUACUGUGUAUGCCUUCCCGGGACCGAUUUUAUUGAUCCUUAUCAGCGCACCCUUGGCUGCACGAGAAAUUAUUCUGAAGCACACUGUAAAGGAGGGAAGGCGAAUGAAGGCUUUUAUAACAUCAUUCCAAUGGAAAAUUUAGUAUGGAAUACUGAUGUAUUUUACAGUAAAGAGAAAAUGUCCAAAGAUGAAUGCAGCAGAACGUGUUUGGAAGACUGUAAUUGUGAGGCAGCACAGUUUGAGAGUGGAGUUUGCAAGAAACAAAAGCUUCCACUGAAGUAUAUGCUACGAGAUCCUGACCGAGAUUCGUUUUCGACAGCUUUCUUGAAGGUGGGGGUGAGAAGUCUUGAAGCAGAGAACAACAGUAUACCCCUUGAACUAAUUAAGCCGACGAUGAUCACAAUCAAACGGAAAGAAACGAUGGUGCAAUUGCUUCUUCUAACUUUCAGUCUUGUUGCAUGUUCAUGUGUUUUGCUUUCAAUCUCUGGUUUAUUCAUUUAUAAAUUUCGAGUUCUAAGAUACAAAAUGCUGUUGGAAAAUGGAAAUUUGGGCCUAAAUGAGGAGCUCACUUUGAUAUUAUUUUCAUACAAUGAACUCCGGAGAGCAACAUAUGGUUUUAGGGAAGAGUUGGGUAAGGGAUCAUUUGGAGCUGUCUACAAAGGGACUUUAUACAAAGGUCGAAAGUCAAUAGCUGUGAAGAGACUGGAGAAGUUAGUGGAAGAAGGUGAAAGAGAGUUCCAAGCAGAAAUGCGAGCGAUUGGGAGAACUCACCAUAGGAACUUAGUUCGACUCCUCGGUUAUUGUGCUGAGGAUUCUAAGAGGCUUUUGGUUUAUGAAUACAUGGGCAAUGGCUCCCUUGCAGACCUACUUUUCAAGACAACAAUGCGCCCAGAUUGGAAUGAAAGAAUAAGAAUAGCCCUGGAUGUUGCUAGAGGAAUCCUCUAUUUACAUGAAGAGUGUGAGAGCCCCAUCAUCCAUUGCGAUAUAAAGCCUCAGAACAUACUGAUGGAUGAUACUUGGACGGCUAAAAUAUCUGACUUCGGGCUGGCAAAAUUUUUGAUGGGAGAUCAAACAAGGACCUUCACAGGGGUAAGAGGAACUAGAGGAUACAUGGCGCCAGAAUGGCAGAAAAACACUCCAAUAUCAGUGAAGGCUGAUAUUUACAGUUUUGGAAUAGUGCUACUGGAAAUUGUCUGUUGCAGAAGGAACUUGGACACCACUGUUUCAAAAACGGAGGAAAUUAUUCUGUCCAACUGGGUCUACAGAUGUUUUGUUGAGAAAGAGUUGGAUAAACUUGUGCUUGGUGAAGAGGUGGAUAAGAAAAACUUGGAAAAAAUGGUGAUGGUGGCACUUUGGUGUAUUCAAGAUGAACCAGCUCUCCGUCCUUCCAUAAAGAGUGUAGUGAUGAUGUUGGAGGGGAUAACUGAUAUAUCUAUUCCUCCAUGUCCAUCUGCUUCCUCCAUGUGACUCCAGUAAACAGGCAACAAUCAUCUCCGUGAGUUUGCUCCAUGUACUUAUUAUUAGAUGUACCUAGGAUUGCUCCAUGUAUUUUCCUUGUCAUAAUAAAUGCAGAGUGCAUGAGUGAGUUAUGUAACUUUCAAUUGUAAAACUGUAAAACAACUUAAAUCAAAUCAUUCUAAAUUUAUAAAGUUACGAUCAGUGGAUUUUUAAUUA